UCCGCGCAAAAGUCGAUAAUAUCAAGUAGGCCGUGAACGCUUUGAUUUGUGUUAUUUUCUUAGCAUAGAAACAGGUUUAACCAAUGACAGAUACCAAACAUCUCACCGUGUCACACUUCACCUGGUAUGUUAGUCAGAAUUCUGCCAAUUUUUGCCAAUUUUUCUCUGUUUUGGAAGGUUACGUUUUUUGAUAGUUAUUUUUCUGGAAUUGUUAGUUUGUGUGCUGACUUGUGGACAACACGUAACCUAAAUAUGGAAGACCAAGAUGGAAAGGCAGUAUUUACAAAAUAGUAUGGGGAGAUCUAAUAUUAUUUUUAGCCAUAUAUUAUGCACUCAAUUUUAGCUACGUGUAUGCCAUGAAUGAAUUUUCCAAAACUCAUUUCGAAAAAAUCGUAAUAUAUUGCUCAAAAAAUGCCAAUUUAAUACCUCUAAGUUUUGUACUGGGCUUCUAUGUCAACAUCGUCUACACUAGAUGGUGGAAUCAAUUCACCUCUAUACCAUUUCCAGACAAUUUAGCUUUACUAAUAGGUGCAAGCAUCAAGGGACAAGAUGAAAGAGCUAGAAUUGUUCGAAGAACUAUAGUAAGAUAUGUCUGUGUUACAUUCACUCUUACCCUGACAAUGAUGUCACCCAAAGUGAAGAAACGUUUUCCUACACUAAAUCAUUUGGUCCAUGCUGGUCUUUUAACGCAGGAUGAGAAAAAGAUUGUAGAAGAUUUAGAAAAGGAGUAUCCCAAUUAUCAAAAACAUUGGCUACCACUUGCUUGGGCUGCCAACGUUACAACUAGAGCUAGACAUGAAGGCAUUAUUAGAGAGGAUUUGUCUGUAAAGAGUAUCAUAGACCACAUAAACAUAUUCAGAGGAAAAUGUGGUGAUAUGUUAGCUUAUGAUUGGAUAAGUAUACCCUUAGUUUAUACACAGGUAGUCACCAUUGCAGUUUACAGCUACUUCCUAAUAACAGUUAUAGGGAAUCAAUUUAUUACGUCAAAAGACGACUUACUGUUUAAUUUUCCAUUUAUGCCAGUACUAGAAUUUUUCUUUUAUAUGGGUUGGCUGAAAGUAGCUGAAACUUUAAUCAAUCCAUUUGGAGAGGACGACGACGAUUUUGAAGUUGUUUGGAUGAUAGAUAGACAUAUUCAGACAUGCUAUCUUUUGGUGGAUAAAAUUCAUCAAGAUCAUCCAAAGCUAAUGAAAGAUUACUAUUGGCAACAAACAGCGCCAGACACCCUACCUUUUACUAUAGCUUCUCAACAGUAUAUGAAAGAAACGCCUGUACAAUCGGCUGAAAAUCUUAAAAUUAAAAAGACAGACCAAGAUUGGAUCAUUCCAGAGGAUAAAGGACAUGGCCACAGAGGAAAAUCAGUGUGGUCUGUUUUAAAAAAAUCAUUGUCAAGAAACAGAAAUGAAAAUGUGGGUUAUUACUUGAAAAGAAUUGCUGGAGAUGAUAAUGCAGAUGUAUUUGAUGAGAUAAAUACCUACGAACAAGAAGGUCCCAGUAAAAUUAGUAUCCCGCUAUUUCCAAAAACACAAUGCAACGAGAACGUAGAGGAAUUUGAGAAUCUCAAAACAGAAAGAAUGGAACUUCAUAGAGCAAAACUUUUACAGUACAUUCAAUUAAUUCAAGCUACCAAUAAAGAAAAUGUACCUGAUAAACAGACAUAUUUGAAAUAACUUUUUAACUAUAAACCACUACAAAA